GGUCAAUUUCCCGUUGUGGGUACACUCUAUUACAUAGAAAGCAAGCAAGCAAACUGAGACGAUGGCUGACACACUGCAAGACAUCCUUUCCGGGAAUACGUCUAGCCUGCAGCACGUUUGGUCCCAAGUGGGUAUCAGUAGUGCCUACGUCACAUCCCCCAGCGGAGCACUCAACGCCCUCGAAGUGAUUUUCGCGUCCGGCCUCUUCCUGCUGAUCAGUGCUCUAGGAUCGAGCUACAGCAACCUGAGCGUCCUGCAACUGGCGUCCUUCACGUACAGCCUGCAAGGACUGCACAUGCUCUGCGUAGGACUCAUCAGCGAACAGUUCACUUACGUCAUUACAAAUACAAUAUACUAUGUCUGCUUCAACUAUGGCGCCGCGGCUGUGUACCUCGUGUCUGCGAUAUUUGCCGUCUCCAUUGGAAUGAACCCUCUCAAAACAACAACGUCCUUGAUCAGCGUGGUGUUGGCACUGGCUUGCAUGUGCUUGCAUUUUGGACAUGCUGUGUUCUGGAGCAAGACGGGAUUGGUGCCAGCUCCCUAAAUAGCAACCAGCAUACAGCAUUUCGACAAUGGCGGCUUCAAGCUAUCUAUCGACCUCAAUAAAUCUGAUGCUUUUGAAGCUGCCGACCUAAGCAUGUCCUUCUGCAAGGGAGGCUCAGAAGCUUCACUGAUUGUUGUAGAUAUUUC